AAUGUUUGUUUGACAUGUAUACUAAAUUCAGGUUGAAGAAAAGAGAAGGCAUUAUUAAUAAACAAGAUUUGCUAUAUAUAAGCUGUCAAAAUGCUUAUUCAUUGUAGUUCACCAAAAAUAUGUGCAAAAUCAAACAUAUAUAGGCGUACACAAACCAAAUAAUGAAAGAAGAAAAAGAAAGAUGGGAGGAAAGAUCAUCUUUGCAAUGGCUAUGAUUCUUUGUGCUGUAAUUGCAAAUGCACACGGAGAAGGAUACCACACAGAAACCAACCCUGCUGUUCAUACUGAGGAGAAAAUGACCAGUCUCCAUUUCUUUCUUCAUGACAUCGUUAGUGGAGAAGACUCAACUGUGGUUCAAAUAGCCAAAGCCAAUCUCUCUAAAAACAGCUCAGCAUUAGUCCCAUUUGGGUCACUUAUGGUCAUUAAUGAUGCCAUGAGGGUAGGCAUGGAAUCAACCUCGAAAUUGAUUGGGAGAGCUAAAGGUCUCUAUGUAGCAGCAAGCCAAGAUGAUGACUUUCAGUUGGUUAUGUACUUGGAUUUUGGGUUCACAGAAGGCAAGUUUAAUGGGAGUUCCUUUAUUGUUUGUUCAAAAAAUCCUGUAAUGGAGACUGAACGUGAGCUUGCAGUGGUGGGUGGGAGCGGAGACUUCAGGAUGGCUAGAGGGUUUGCUAAGCUCCGUACUCGUUCCUUGAAUAUCACUACUGGUAAUGCCAUUAUUGAGUAUAAUGUCACCUUAUUUCAUUAUUAAAUAAUAGUAAGCUCCACU